UAUUUUUAACUGUUGUAUAGUAGAAAUCAACGUUGAACUAAGAAACACACGCUAAGCACAUGAGCAUCAAUUACUAAAAAUGGAUAAAAAAUACGACGAACUAAACGAGUUUCUAGACCAGUGUAUAAAUGAUGCUUUACAAGAAACCACGGGCAGGUUUCAAGUUGACAAAAAUCACACAGGAAGAAUAGAUCCAGAUGAUUUGAACAAUUCAAACCGAUUCAAGGGUUUCAAGGAAGAUGAAGAAGAUCCUGCGGGUGAAAAAAUGAAAGAUUACGAGAGGAGUCCACCUUACAAAAUCUACCAGAGACCACUAACAGCCGAGGAAACGAGGGACUUUAAACUGUAUGAAGAAGACAUGGGAAAACGUAAGCCUGGGCAGGAGAGACCAGCAUGGACAGGGUUUGAUGAAAAAUUGCGAGGUUUUGACAAAACAGAAGAAUUCAGUAAAUCAAUGAGAAAUGCUAAAACCUCGACGAUGCAAACAAAAAGUGAUUACAGAGAACACAAACAAGACUCUAAAAGCGACCAUUUAGGAAAGAAAGAUAACAGUCUACAAGAAGACAAACUCGAUUGGUCAUAUGGAAAUUAUAAGAAUGACACUCAAACGAAUUACAAUGUGAAAGAACCCAAAAUAAACCCAAAUAUCUACUACCCUCCGAAGAGCUCGGAGGAAAAGCCAGGACAAGAGAAAUGGCUAUUUAAGCCAAAGUUCUCUAAGGAGGAUAAAACUGAAACAGGGUAUCAGGAGUCUACUGGAGACAGAACUAGACGAUUUAAUGACCCAAGGAAACCCAUACAAGACAUGGAUGUGUCAGAUGGAAAGCAAGGGUUCAAAAGAGAUGCUGUGGAAAGCGUAAAGGAAAAUUUGGAACCAGGUGCGAAGGAAGAGGAAGUGAAAAAAGAACUGUUGAAGCUGAGACCAAUCAUCAUGGAGCGUGCUUCAUGGGGGGCUCUGCCUCCUAUGGGAAAAGUGAACCCCAUGGAGCCCCCGGCAGACACCAUAGUAUUCACCCUCAACACUGGGACUUCGCCCUGUUUCAACGAAGACGAGUGUCGGAGGACUGUGAGGGAAAUACAAGCCCGCCACAUGGGCAAAGGCCUCGCAGACAUUCAGUAUAACUUCUUGGUGGGCGGCGAUGGAAAUCUGUACGAAGGACGUGGGUGGGCGUUUGAAAGUGGUAUCAAACCAGAAAAACAGCAAGGCAAAAACUACAACAUCGCUUUCAUCGGAAACUUUCAAGGAGACAUUGAAAAGAUCCCUCCUGACAUGUUGGGACCAGUGCAGGAACUGAUAGUUUGGGGAAACGCAAUCCGACUUCUAUCAAACGACACAAAACACGCUGGAGAAUAUAGAGUCCAAAACCCAACCGAGUAGGGUCUAUCUACCAGUUUACAUUAACUAAUAAGAAAAAAUAUUUAUUGUUCAUAGGGUUGUUUUAUUUAUGUAUAUAAUUUGAGCUCGUUUCUACCUUCAUUUCUGUUUUGGUAAUAAGCCAAACAUUCUACAUUAUGCAUUCUUUGAGAUUGAACCUUCUUAAAAGAAGACUUUGUAUCAUGUUUUUAUCGUAACUGGGACAUACAGUAAGUAGUGCUUUCCCCAGUAAACAGAAUCGUUUCAUGAAAAUUCAGAUAAAUAUUUUAGUCACUGUAAAUUAAAAUACGCUGAUACUUGUUUUCAGUUUUCCUUUUGUCUUUUAUAU